AUGGGGGCGGCCGAGGUGGGCGGCGGCAUCGUGGUGCCUUUGUGGGCCGCACCUGUCGCCAUGGGGGCGGCUGAGGUGGGCGGCGGCAGCAGCGUCGCGGCGCAUUCAGCAGCAGGCGGCGCGCCCAAAGUGGCACGCGUGGCUGGCACGCCCCCUGUGACGUACGCGGUGGGCGGAAGUGGCACGCCCCCUGUCACGUGCACAGCGUGCGGCAGUGGCACGCCCCCUGUCACGUGCAUGGCGGGCGGAAGUGGCACGCCCCCUGUCACGUGCGCGGUGGGUGGAAGUGGCACACCCCCUGUGAUGUACGCAGCGGGUGGAAGUGGCACGCCCCCUGUCACGUGCGCGGCGGGCGGUAGUGGCACACCCCCUGUGACGUGUGCGGCGGGUGGAAGUUUCAAGCCCCCUGUGCCGUGCGUGACCGGCGUGAGUGGCACGCCCUUGUUGGCGUGCAUGACUGGCGUGGGUGGCACGCCCUUGGUGAUGUGCAUGGCUGGCACGGCCUUGGUGACAGUGGUGUGA